UUUCGCUGCUGCCGCUGCAGCCGGUGCUGAAACCCAGCUCCCAAUCGCCGCUGUUGCCGGAGGAGUCCCGGCCUCGCCAUGGUGUCCUGGAUCAUCUCCCGGCUGGUGGUUCUGGUUUUUGGCACCCUGUACCCUGCCUAUUCUUCUUACAAAGCUGUGAAGACGAAAAACGUGAAGGAAUAUGUUAAGUGGAUGAUGUAUUGGAUUGUGUUUGCCUUCUUCACCACAGCAGAAACGCUCACAGACAUCAUUCUGUCAUGGUUUCCCUUUUAUUUCGAGUUGAAAAUCGCAUUUGUGAUCUGGCUGCUCUCUCCUUACACCAAGGGCUCCAGCGUCCUGUACAGGAAGUUUGUUCACCCAACGCUCUCCAAUAAGGAGAAGGAAAUAGAUGAAUAUAUUAGCCAGGCCCGUGACAAGAGUUAUGAAACUAUGAUGCGUGUUGGCAAGCGAGGAUUAAAUUUGGCAGCAAAUGCAGCAGUUACUGCAGCUGCAAAGGGCCAGGGAGUUUUGUCUGAAAAACUUCGGAGUUUCAGCAUGCAAGACUUGACUUUGAUUCGAGAUGAUGACACAAUGCAUUUACGAAGCCCCGAGUCAAACAUGCAUACGUCUGCUAAGGGCCAUCUUGAAACUAUUGAUGAUUCAGGUGCAUCUUAUUAUUCCUCAUCUGAGGACAUGGCUGUGUCUCAGAGACAUAAUGGAACACAGUCUGAUUCUAGAACUGAACCAUCUGAUGAUGAUACAGGAGACAAAGUUCCCAAACGAACCCAGAGCCUUAAAGCUCCUAAGAAAAUAAUAAAGACUGAGCCUCCACAGAAAGUUAUGAAAGCCCGUCCUAAGAAGAAAGCUACAGGCUCCACUACUGUUGGUGAAUCAGCCUAAGGACAAUCCAGUUUAGAGUCUGUCCCAGAGCUCUUCUGCCACUAUGAGGGACACUCUCCAAGGAAUGGGAGCUGAGAUCAUGUACAUAACAGCUACUGCUUUGUAGAGCUCAUUCCAAGGCGAGAUGGUGAUUGAAAUCUGGCACACAGAUCAGAGGAUGGCCAUCCUCAGGAAUUAUAUACUCUUCAUCUUUGUGAUGAAGACUGCUAAUCUGUCUGUAUAUAGCCUGUUGUUUUGGGAUUCCCUCUCCAUGUGUAACCCUAGUAGAGAAACUCUUUGCUGGAAUAACUCUUUAAUUAGGGUUAGGGCCAUUUUUGGCAGAGAGGCUGGUAAAGAAAUUUCAAAGUGGUGCAAUUGAAAUUCUAAUUUGCAUGGGGAGCUCCCUGUAGCACUUAACUUGGCUGUCAUGAUUUAGCUGCUAUGGGGAAUUGUUAGGAAGUGCCUGAAGUAAAGUGACUGGUACUGAAAACUAUCAUUCAAAGUUGUUCUGGCAAAAGAAAGAAACAGAAGUGAUAGUUUGCUAUAAGGGCAACAUCUUCACUGUUGGUGAAAGUGGGAUUUGGCAAAGAAGUUCUUGAUGGGGAGCGGGCUGCAGAAGCUUGAGAGAAAGACAAAUAUUGAGAAUGAAAGUAUGCUAACCAAUAUCUGGUGUCUCUUUCUAUGCAGCAGCCUCUUUUGCUGGGUGGAAGUGUUGUAACUUUGCUUACACUAAGUAUUGGAAAGGGGAACUCUUUGCACAGAUGAUUUUUCCAAGUAGAGUAAAGAUGAAGAGACUAAGUGAACCGUGGUUAGAGCAGGACAUAUGGAAACACUUGAGCCCAGAUUACUCUGUCUCCAAAGAGUUAGAAUCCUGAAUAAUUACAGUCUAAUUAUCACACCUAUGAGCCCCUACUUCAGAGUUGCCUUGAUAUUUUAGGUUUUACAGAUCGGUCUGUUUUCUGUAAGAAUUGUUUCAAAGAAGUGGUUGCGUAGAAGAAGUUGGAGCAUAGUAACCUGAAUGAUACCUAGGUUUCUGCUGUGCUUUAUUUGUAGUCAGAAUAUAAGUUGGAGCUUGGUCAGUGUAUCCAAGCAAGUUGGCCAAAAAUAAUGCUUUUUGGAAUUUUUCUGAGUGGCAUUUUGUAAUAAGUGAUAGGGACAUUCCCACUUAUUCUAGCUGUAAACAAUUGAUGCGGCUACUCAGCUCUCAGGAAUACUUUUUACCAUCCAAAUCUUCCAUCACUCUACUUGUGCUAUUUACUUGGUAGAGGCAAUGCUGUUUGGUGUUUGAGGCCAUCUAGUGACCACCAGAAUUCAGAUUUUAUUUGGAUUAUAAUAAAAUUGAUGAAGUAAUCCUUAAAAUGCACUAUUCCAAAAACUUUAACAUAACUUAAGUACAAUAAUCUAAAAUUAUAAUGGAAGGAGGUUGAGAUAAAUAGUAGUGAUUCUGAUAUUUCCUGGGCUAGUUCCAUUUUAUGAAUACUGUAUGCAUCAAAGCCACCAGUCUUUAAAGAUGGAGCAAAUCUUUGCUUAUUAGGUUUAUUCAUAAGAUCUUGGGUGGUAGCAUCAGCUUUUAGAUAUGCAACAUAAUACUUCACUGUGUUGUUUAAAACUUUUUUCCUAGCACGGGCUGACAUUUACUACUUUUUAAACAUGCUUGUUCAAAAGUGAAAUUACACUGAGUUCAGCGGGACCUACAUCCUAAUAAGCAUACUUUGAAAAGAGUUGCCUCUUUAAACUAACUCUUGUUUUGCAUUGUUAUUGGAUGCAGAGAUCAUUAAGAUUACAAAGGAAUUUCCUUUAAAGAUAUUAUUUUUAUUCCAUUUCCAGUCAGUUACAUAUCCAUCCACUUGUGCUGAACUUCUGUCUUGGAUAUCUGGCAGUCCUAUUUCCGCAAGGACAAAGAGAAUAAUUCACAAUGUGUUUGCUAUUCUUUUUCCCCUAGCAGUGUUUAAUGCCAAAGAUUUGGCAAACAAUUAAAGACAUUUUCUAAUUUGUCAGGGAUGCUGAUCCUAAAUAUGAAAUUAGCUUUUUAUUAGUUGGAAGAUUGACUUUGCUGAGUGUAAGAAUGUAGAAACAUAUUGUACUUUCUGGUCAGUUGAUUGCUCUUUCCCAGUGCUCUGCAAUUACUCUUGAGUGGUGCUGUUUAUAAGGGGCUUACAUAUGAAACAACUCCAUUUAUAUAUGAAAUGUGACUGGGGAAAGGAAGUGCAUUUGGAGUCUGGCUUGACUGUAUUUGCCUUUAUAUUCCUGCAGUAUUAGAGAGGGAUGUGUGUUCCAUUCCAGAGUGAAAGUAGCACUGCUUUAUCCAAUUGCUGUUCUGGUUGCUGCACAUUCUGAUUUUUUGUUCAUUUUUCACAACAUGUUCCUGGGAGUCAUGAUUCUUUGUGUGUCAGUGAUUUUGCACAGAAGUUAAUGGAUUAUGUUCACAGCAAUCAUCUUGUACAUUAUUCUUUUUUCAACAGUGACUGUUAGCAGUACUUUCAGGGGGACUUAAAGCCCCUGCAAGAGGCUUGUUGCUCUAUGAAUUCACCUUCUUCCCAUCCCAUCAAGUCUAGUCUUGGGAAAAUUCUUACUAUACAUUUUCAAAUUAGCCCACUCUGAAUAUGCUUGUCUUUCACAUUAUUUGUCCAUGUUCCCAUUGCAGCCCAAUGUGUGUGUGUGUGUGUGUGUAAAAUAUUCAUGACCCUUCACAUUUUUGAUAUCCUACUGAUUUUCUUUCAAGAACAUUGUACCACUGGCCUGCAUUCAGCUUGGUAGAUAUAUAUUACAGCCUUAAUAGAUCUUCCAUUGUUAUUGCCAAUCUGAGUUUAAAGGAUCUGGGAGCUCUACUGUGUGAUUCCUGGAUUAUAUUUGGCUUAGUGGUUUUGUUGCACAUAUCACUGUUAGAGAUGUGGCAUCUUCUAACUUAUUUUUUUACUAAUUAAAAUGUCCACGAUUUUCAUCAAUUUUAUUUAAAACUCUAUAGCAAAUGAGAAAUGUUAGUGUAAAACAUUUCUGGGUUUUCAAGAUUUCUAUGAUGAUUCAGUGGAGUAGACUGGUUGAUUGGUGUUCAAAAUCUUUAUUUGAAAUUAACUUUUAUCUGAAUGGAUGCAGUCAAAACAUGAUAUUAAAUGUAUGGUUUAAUAUUUUGUUGAUUUUUAAGAAUUAUAAGUAUUAGCUGAUGCAGGAAAAUGGACUAAUCAGGUUUGGGCACAUAGGAAGUGAUACUUAAGUUUUUCCUCCUACACUGGAAACUCAGAAAACAUCUCCUCCCUCCAGCUGGAAACUCCAGUUAGCAUCAGUGAAAGCUUUAAGAUUAAUUUUUGGCAAGACUAUCGCAUGGGAAGAAAGGAAUAAUUUUUACUGUAGUCCUAAUGCAGAUCAGGCUCUUCCAGCAAUUGUUAUUUGUAGUGAGAAGAAGUUAUACAGAUUACCUGUUAGUAAUCCAUUGCGGGAAUCAAUAAUUUCCUUGCAUAUGGGACUACUAGAUCUAAGAUACAAAAAUCUGGACAGCCACUGGAUAACAGCAAAGAAUUAAAAUUUACUGUCCACUAAUGAUCCAUCAGAUAUUUGCAGUUCCAAUCCUGAUAGCCCUAUUAAAUAUAUUUUUGUUGAAUGCCACAACUAUAUGGACAAUUAUUUGGGCUAUUGCAGAAAUCUGUGGUAUGAAAAUAGAAACACUGUGUGUGCAUGUGUGUACAGGCAUGCGUAUAAAAAGAUAUCGCAAAGCUACAGAAGACACAGAAAAUGACAACCAUAAUGAUAAGGAACAGCUCCCUUGUGUGGAAAGAUUACAUAUUGGUUUUUUUCAAUAUAGAAAAAUAGCAAAUAAGAGGAAAAUGAUAGAGGUUUAUGGAAUUAUGCAUAGUUUCUUCUCUUUCAUAGUGUUGAAACCCAGAUUCAUCCAAUGAAGUUCAAUUUAGGAAGUUCAGGACAGAUAACCAUCAGUAUUUCUGCACAUAGCUCAUAGUGUAUAGCUGGAAGGGAUUGGAUAAAUACAUGGAGAAUCAUAAGCAUCUGCAGGAGGGGUGGACUGGCAAGUGUUGAAAUGUGUGUUGCAGGAUUGUGAUGCAAACUCUACCCCUUAAAUGCUUGUGUGCAACAGUGUAAAGAAAGUACAAAAAGACAGAGCUUGCAUUGUGAUGUCACAAGUUUCAUCAUUUUGGCUACGUUAAGAACAGUUGUGUAUGUGGAGAAUGGUUAUUAAUUAUGACAAUUAUCACAUGUUUCUGGCUAAUUGUGGCUAAGGAGCCCAAAGGAAAUUAUGCUGUUGCCUUCAUGUUCUGUUUGUGGACUUCCCAUAGGCAUUUGCUUGACCAGUGGAUGAAUACCUGCUGUACAGGGCUAUGGUCAAACUGAUCCAAUAAAGCUGGACUGAAAGAUUGUAUUAUUAGUGCUUUGUGCUGAAAG